CAGAGGCCGACAGUUGCUGGAGCUUCCAAGUCACGAUUUGAACGACCGACGUCAUCAGCCUCCCAGAUGUCCGCCAUGCGCGCCCAAUUACCCUUGCUGAGGACGGCGCGAGGUGUACGACCUGGUCAAUCACCUUCAUACGUCUGCAGGCAAUGUAGGGGCAUCCAGAUCAGCGCUGCGCCGACGACUGAAGCCCCAAAGGUUGGCGGGGAUGUCUUUGGAGCUCGCGAAGCGUCGCGGGAUGCCGCCGAUGCCCGGUUCGAGGUCCUUGGUUCCCCUUACUCUCUCCUUUCUGUCUCUCUGUCGCCGUCGCAGCAGCUCUUCACCAGAAGGGGAACGUUGGUAGGAGUUGCAGGCAAGGCUGAAAAUGCUCAAUCAACGCUAUCCAUUCUUUCGCCCUUCAUACGAGCUUUUCUCGGCGUACCUUUCUUAUACCAACGCAUUUCAUCUUCAACCCCCCUCACGGCACUGAUUUCUACAAAGUCCCCAACGACGACCUUUUCUGUCCUUCACCUCGAUGGUACCACCGACUACAUGGUCGCCCAGCGCAAUGCGCUUCUUGCCUGGACUGGCCACACCCUCUCCGUAUCGCCGCGUAUAAGCCGUGGCCUUUCGCUUGCCCACUGGGGAAGCACCCACCUCACCGGUCGAGGCCUGGCUGCUCUGUCCUCUCCGGGUCAGGUAUAUGAAGUCACGCUCGCAGAAGGCGAAGAGUUCGUCGCCCACCCCUCGCACGUGGUCGCAUACGCCGUCUCUCGCAACCCUCCCCUACCGAUGCGCCUCAAGUCGAACAUCCUCCGGCUCCAGAUCCCCAACAUUACUCGCUUCUUCCCCGAGACGAACUUCAUGAAGGCGAUGCGCGAUACUAGCACGUACAAGAACGUUGCUCAGUGGCUGUUCACCUUGAGGACGUCACUCCGACGCACCAUUUGGGGCGACCGACUGUUCCUUCAGUUCCGGGGCCCUACAACCCUUCUCAUGUCCAGCAGAGGAGUGAGGGUUGCCGACUCCCUCACUAAUAAGGAGGUCAACGAGAUUGCGGAUGCGCCAGCCGGCGUAGUUCCGGAGGCUGUCGAAUUGACCACCCAGCUCAAGGUCGAGGCGAAACCCGCAUCGGUUGAGCAGCCACCCUCAGCCAUUCAUGUUGCCAAUGUAUCGCGUGAUGGAAAGGUCAGCUUUGAGGACGCGAAGGAUCUCAAGGAAUUCGUGCGAUAGAGGCGGAACCAAAGUCGGAAUCAAAAACGGGCACACCCGUGCCACGAAGCAGAAUUACCAUGGCAAUUGGGCCAGACAGCCACAAGGCUGACAAAUGUAAAUUUACUGUGUAAUAGAAAAAGAAACGGUCAGGUCGCAAUCUGUGUGUGAAGUGACGUGCGAAAUAAGCCUGGCUGUUGCAAAUUGCUCUCGCUGUGCUUCAGCCUUCAGUAUCGGCCGAAUCAUAUCGGAGAUAUGAGUUCGUUCGUUGUCCGAUCCCUGGACAUCUCUGAUUUUCGUCGAACAAGCUUGAUGAAUGACAGCUACGGAUAGAAGGUCACAGAACCACGUGGUUUUGCGCCGUUGAUUUAGUCCGGCUUAGCGACAAUGAGCCACGGAGGCUG